CCGAGGCCGGGCGCGAGCCGAGGCACCGGGCGGCGGCGGCGGCGCGCGCCAUGUCGUUCAGUGAGAUGAACCGCAGGACGCUGGCGUUCCGAGGAGGCGGGUUGGUCACCGGCGGCGGCGGCGGCGGCGGCGGCGGCCCCACGAACAAUAACGCGGGCGGGGAGGCCUCGGCUUGGCCUCCGCAGCCGCAGCCGCGACAGCCCGCGCCGCCCGCGCCGCCGCAGCCCAAUGGGCGCGGGCCCGACGAGGAAAUGGAAUCGGAGGGCCUGGAGCCCCAAGACUCGGAGGCCGCCGCCGCCGCCGCCGCCGAGGACGCCAAGGAGUUGCUGCUCCCCCAGGACGCGGGCGGCCCCGCCUCGCUGGGCGGCGGCGCGGGGGGCCCCCUGCUAGCGGAAAGGAACCGUCGGACUCUGGCCUUCCGCGGGGGCGGCGCCGGGGGUCUCGGCAACAAUGGCAGCAGCCGCGGCCGCCCGGAGACCUCGGCGUGGCCCCUCAGGCAUUUCAAUGGGCGAGGGCCGGCGGCCGUGGAGCUGGAGCUGGACGCGCUGGAGGGGAAGGAGUUGAUGCAGGACGGCGCGUCCCUGAGCGACAGCACCGAGGACGAGGAGGAGGGGGCGAGCCCGGGCGACGGCAGUGGGGCGGAAGGCGGCAGCUGCAGCAGCAGCAGGCGGUCGGGAGGCGAUGGCGGGGACGAAGCGGAGGGCAGCGGUGUGGGAGCUGGCGAAGGAGAGGCUGUCCAGCACUUCCCGCUCGCGAGGCCCAAGUCCCUCCUGCAGAAGCUCCAGUGCUCCUUCCAGACCUCUUGGCUCAAGGACUUCCCUUGGCUGCGGUACUCCAAGGAGACCGGCCUCAUGUUCUGCGGCUGGUGCCAAAGGACCCCCGAGGACGGGGGCGGCGGGGACCUUCCCCCGGUGGGGCACGAUGAGCUUUCGCGAGGGACCCGCAACUACAAGAAAACCCUGCUCCUGAGGCACCACGUCUCCACCGAGCACAAACUCCACGAAGCCAACGCCCAGGGGUCAGAAAUACCGUCAGAGGAGGGGUACUGUGACUUUAAUAGUAGGCCAAAUGAGAACUCUUAUUGCUAUCAACUUCUUCGACAACUAGAUGAACAGAGAAAGAAAGAUAUUCUUUGUGAUGUCAGCAUUGUGGUGAGCGGGAAAAUCUUUAAAGCUCAUAAGAACAUCCUGGUUGCAGGCAGCCGUUUCUUUAAGACUUUAUAUUGUGUUUCAAACAAAGAAAGCCCUAACCAAAACAAUACUACCCACUUAGAUAUUGCUGCAGUUCAAGGUUUUUCAGUCAUCUUGGACUUCCUGUAUUCUGGGAACCUGGUGCUCACAAGCCAAAAUGCCAUUGAAGUGAUGACAGUGGCCAGCUACCUUCAAAUGAGUGAAGUUGUUCAAACUUGCCGGAAUUUCAUUAAAGAUGCCUUAAAUAUAAGCAUUAAGUCAGAAGCUCCAGAGUCUGUGGUUGUGGACUAUAAUAAUAGAAAACCAGUUAAUAGAGAUGGCCUGACUUCAUCACGGGAACAAAAAAUUGCCAGCUUCUGGGCGACACGGAAUCUUACCAAUUUGGCAAGUAAUAUAAAAAUUGAAAAUGAUGGUUGUAAUGUCGACGAGGGCCAAACAGAAACCUACCAGAUGAAUGACAGUAACUGGGUCCAGGAUGCUUCUCCUGACCUGGCUGAAAAUGAAUCUCAAACUCAAACGAAAGUGUUUAUUUGGAAUCAUAUGGGCUCGCAAGAGACUGGCAAAGCAAGGAGGAAAACCCAAACUACAAAGAGAUUUGUUUAUAACAUACCACCUAAUAAUGAAACAAAUUUAGAAGAUUGCUCAGUGAUGCAGCCUCCUGUUGCCUAUCCAGAAGAAAACAAGGCCCUACUCAUCAAGGAAGAACCAGAUUUAGACGGUGCACUGCUCUCGGGGCCUGAUGGCGAUAGGACCGUGAACACAAAUUUACUGGCCGAGGCCUGCAGUGGACAAGAUUCAGGAGAUGCUGGAACAUCACAUGAUUUCAAGUAUGGUUUGAUGCCUGGCACUUCAAGUGAUUUCAAGUAUGGGUUGCUACCAAGUACUUCAAAUGACUUCAAAUAUGGAUUGCUACCGGGUGCUUCAAAUGAUUUCAAGUAUGGAUUAUUGCCAGAAUCUUGGUCCAAACAAGAAACGUGGGAAAAUGGUGACUCAUCUCUAAUCAUGAACAAGUUAAAAUGCCCUCAUUGUAGCUAUGUAGCCAAAUACAGACGAACACUAAAAAGGCACUUGCUCAUUCAUACUGGAGUAAGAUCGUUUAGCUGUGACAUUUGUGGAAAGCUGUUUACUAGAAGAGAACAUGUAAAAAGACAUUCCCUGGUGCAUAAAAAGGAUAAAAAAUACAAAUGCAUGGUGUGUAAGAAGAUCUUCAUGUUAGCAGCCAGUGUUGGAAUAAGACAUGGAUCUCGACGCUAUGGAGUGUGUAUGGACUGUGCAGAUAAGUCACAGCCAGCAGGGCAAGAAGGUGUAGAUCAGGGACAGGAUACAGAGUUCCCUCGGGAUGAAGAGUACGAGGAGAAUGAAGGUGGAGAGCCCGAUGAAGAGCUGCCUGAGAAUGGAGAAGAUCAGAAUGAUGCAUCUCGAUGGGACGAAUCAGGAGAUGUGUGUAUGUCUCUGGAUGAUUAACUGACCUACUAUAUUCCUCAAGAAUGCUGCAUUUGGACAUACUAUGAAUCGACAAUUUGGAUUGUUGAACUUGAAGGCUUGCAAAAUAUGGUACAUGCUGGAUGGUAGUUAUGUUGCUGUGAAAAACUGUAGGGUUAAAGCCUUAUAGCAAAAAAAAUUUUUUUUUAUAUUUGCACAGGACUGUACAGCAAACAACCAUGUGGUUGGAUACAUGGAGUCCCCACAUAUUCAGUCAGUUAUCAAAGUAAAAUAUUUUUUAUUUAUAGGAUAUACAGUUAACUAUUUGGGUUCUAUGAAAAUAUAAUACUUGUCCUUUCUAGAGCUUACAUUCAUGUGCCACUUUAACAUGAAUGAAGAAAAUUCACUUAUGGAAGUACAGUGACAGUUGACCCAAUCACUCUGUCAAUCAAACCACUCAGGCUAGUUUGUACUAGUAGAGUUUUGUUUCUAUUUUUAUUUUAUUAAUUUUAUUUUUUUUAAUACAGAUUUUCAGUGAGGGGCUUUUUCAACCCCAUUGGUUCUAUUUUCUUGUAUUUUUUUUUCAUUUUAUUUGCUUCAUAACUUAAACCAAGUCUCUUCUAGUCUUAGAUAUUAUUUCUUAAUUUUGUGCUGAUAGGCGUAUGUUUAUAAGAACUGGAGAGGUAAUUUAUUGGAAUGAACUGACUCCCCGUCCUCCCUCCCUUUUUUGACAUGAAUUUUACUACUUCACAAAUGAAGAAUGAUGUUGCGAAGUUACCAUGGUGAAGCUGACAAAUACCACUAAAGUGAUUAUGACUUAGAAGUGACUUUCUCCUGCUGCUCUAAUCCGCUAGAUAAAUGGUUACUACAUGAUGUUUUCUGACAUGGGUUUGGUUCUGGUAUCUGUUACUUUGGCACUGUUCUUGUUUGCCUCCUAUAUUUUUGCCAGUGUACUAUACCUCAGCCUUAUUUGAAAUACAGAAGUCUAAUUGAAGAAAAGUCAUAGAAAAAGACGUAAAAUGAUUUGUUUUAUAAUUUAUCCUCCAUGUCCAGUUUGGCUAGCUUGUUAUGCAAUAGAAGUGAAAUACCAGGUUUUUUCUCCUGUGCCCUUUUUUAUCAUUAAAAUGAACACGAAAUGUGCAUUCUCUUUUGUUUCAUACUUACCGGGAUAUUGAGUGUUUUUUAAACUGUGGCUGAUAAUUUAUUUUUCCAUUCCUAAAAGUCACCACACCUUGAUGAAAUCUUUAUAGUCACCACGAUUCAACAGUCUGCAAAAGUAUUACAAAUAAAAUGUUGAGAGCCUUUAUUGUUCCAUUAUCUAAAUUCUUCAGGAGUCAAAGAGUGAUUCAUUCAGUUGAAAUUGUUAGGUUUAUUUUGUCUGGUGAUAGAUGAAUUAGCUGAUAGUGGAACUCUGAGCUUUUUACUGCUAUCAUGAUGACAUGUAUCAGGAGCAUAUUGUAUAUUAUAUAAGAUUGAGAGACAGCAUAUUUUCAACUUUCUUUUAAAUACAAAUUGAGUAUAUUUUCCUAUUUUAUAUCAAGUAACUAAAUUAGGCCAGUUGUGUGGAAGAAACCACCGAGCUGCUUUGACAGACACAAUCUUUUUGGUGCUCCGUCUGGUCAAAGUUGGAAAGUUGAUUUCCAUUUACAGAGACAAACUUGAUCAUUGUCUCUGAUUUCAGUAGGAUGAUGGUUUGAGAUUGGACAGUGACUUUCUGCGUGGGUAGAUCAGAGAUGAAAUGUUAGCAUUCUGUGUGAGAUGUGCCCGUGGCCCUCUAAAUUGUGUGGUAGUCUCUACACAACUGGGAGCCUGGCAGAAGAGUAGUUUGGGUUUGAUUUUUGUUUGAAAUGAAGAGUACACCUUAUUCUCAGUGUUUGAAACAAAUGAGUAAAAUGUAACUCUAGUAAAGUCCAAAGUAGACAUAGUUGGGCAGAAAUAUUAUGAAUGAAAAAGUAUUUUAAACCUAAAAUGUUCUGCUUUGUGAAUAUGUAAGUAUAGUAUAAAGAUUUCUUUCAUCCCAUUUAUCCCCUUCCUUUAAAAUAAACCAUAGUUUACAAUCGGUAGAUCUGUCUAUAUAUAAAUAUAUAUUAAAGAGCAAAUAUAUAUAUUUAAAAAAAAUCACCUAAAUCUGCUUUAUUAGACAGUAGUUCACUUAUUGCAUAGAAACUGGACUUGGCUUUACAUUCUUAAUGUACUUUAUUUUACUCAAGAUAUGACCUUACCUUGAAACAGAAAGAAUUUCUUUUAUUACUUAAAUCAUUUAUGUAUAUCUGGUAAAUUAUGACCAAAUUUUUGUUAGAUUGCAUACAGUGAAUUGAAAUACACAUUUGGUACACUAUGGGAUUGUUGUGCUUUUGUUUUGGUUUUAGUUGGAAACAGGUUUGAUGUAGAUGACUUAUUACUGUUAAUUUAAAAUAUUCUAUAAUUGUCCAUUGCCUUUUAUGUCGUGUUGUGACAGAUUUGGCUAUAUUUUUAGUCAUCUGAAGUAUACUUUAAAAAGUUUGUUUUUAGGUAAUCCAAAGGAAAAAAAUGUUUAUACUCUUGAAUAUAUAUUUGCCUCAGCCUAUAUAAAAGUUCCUUGAAGUAAGUAAACACUUUACCAGAAACAGAAUUGACAGAUUUUUCUACUUGCUGACUGCCUAAGUUAUUUUGUUUCAUGAUCUUGAGGGAUUGCCUUUUUCCCUUCUAGAUCUUUUUUUUUAAAAAUAGUUUUAGUACUAAGGUAUACUACUGGACGUUUCUAUUUUUUUAAGUAUAUUCCUUUUCUGACAAUACAACUUCAGGAAGUUGAUAAAUCGCUUAAGAACUUUUGAUUGGUCUCAGAAAGGUAAUGGAUUGAAUACUCAUAAUUUUGUCUGGAAGUCUGACAGAGUUAUGUUGUACAUUUGGUGAAGUUUUUCUUGUAAUUUAUAUUUUAAAUAAAAUAUUUUUAGAGUUUUUAAUUUUAAUGAAGGGGAAGAGCAUACACUUUCAUAUUCCACAGUGGUAAUACCAUGUCAUAAAUUCAGAUCAUGUGUUAUUUCUCCCAGACACACUUCCAUGUGGUCCCUCAUUUGUCAUGGUUCCUAACUCUCAUUUUUUUCUUAUUUACUAGACAAGUUGCUAAAUUGUAGCACCCUAGGGAUCAGGAGCUUGGGGGUGUGCAGUAUUGGAAGAGGACACUGGACAAUAACCAGAAGUUUUGAAUUUGGGGGGCAAAACACCAUCUGUCUUAAGUGGAGCCAUCCUGGUGAAGAGCGGGUGAACUCACUGCAGUUCCUAGAAUACUAAGAGCACACCAAGUAGUUUAGUACAGAUGUGAGCCAAGAGAAAAAGUACAAGCUCGCAGAAAGGGAGAAGUGAGGAAGUUCGAGGACUGUGGGGACUAGAGUAUCAAAGGGGAAGUAAUGACAAGCUCUGAGAACUUAAGUCCGUAAGGUUUGUCCUUUGAGCAUUCUCUGAACAGCAUGAGAGGUUUAGAAUCAUUCCUCUGAUUCAGGACUCAGAAGCUCCCACACUUUUUUGGUAUGCCUACACUUUUGUGUUGUCUGCCUUAUUUUUUCUAGUCUCUAGGUGCUAUUCUACUUUUCAGAUAAAGGCUCAGAAAAACUCAGACAUUUGCCGAAUUACCACAGCUUACCAGAUCUGGGUUUGGUGAGGUCUGAUUCUGAAGCCCCGGCUCUUUUUAGGAGGCUCUAUUGGUGCCUCAUAAAACAACCUUUUUUGUAAAUUUAUAUCCUCCCUAUAAAAUGGCUGCAUAGGAAUUUUGUAUCCUUUCUGUCCCCAGUGAGCACCCUUACCACACUAGUCUUCUGCUAGAGCUGUUCUUGUCACUUUGACUUAAACACACCUCAUUAUAGUCGGUGUUACUAGUGGGCUGUGACAUUUUCACUUUUUAAAAGGAUGGUUUUUUAAUCUGGAGAACUAGAUGUAAGCCUCAGUUUUUGUGCCGUUCAGUCACCCGGAUCCUUAAGCUUAACUAUGGUACCUAAUCUACACAGUUAGAACUGACAGAUGUUUUCUUAGUCAAUUUAGGAUUUAAAAUAGGAUUGUUUAUUUUGUUCCUUCCCUGCUGUAUCCAGUCUUCAAGUGAAUUGAACAAGGUAGUUUAAAAGAUGUUAGGGACAAGCACACUUUCAAAGAUGUUUUCUAGCCCUGAAUUUUAGGGUAUCUAGGUACUACAUUUGGAAUACACUAGCUAUUAAGAACAAAAUUUGGGGUUUAGGAAAGGGAUGAUUGAGGCCAUUAUGAUGUGGGAGAAUCAGCAUCUUAAACACUGUAAACAGAACACUUUUUCUGCCUGCUGUUUGUAAAAGCUCUCUGGGAAGAGCUUUUACAAAGACCAAUUUUUUUUUUUAAAUGUAAUUUACCUACCUAAUAUAAGUGUCCUGAGACAUGUAUGUAAACCUCCAAAACCUGUUUGUCUGUGUAUUUAGAAAAUACACAAGAAUCUUUAUCAACUUAAAAUAUAAACUUGUGAGCACUAAACUGCU